AUGAAAUAUCUUCCAUUAGUGAUCGUAUUGUUAUGCUUGACUGCAUACUCAAGAGUAGAAUCUGUACAAGAGUUAUUGGAAUAAACAAAGGAUUAAUAUCAUUUAGAAUAAGAUAUUGAUACUCUUAAAUCAAUGUUUGAAGCUGAAUUGAACACAAAGAAGGAGAAGGAGACUUCCAAUUAGCCCUUAGCUUUUGCCAAAGGUAUUCAAUUAUAUUAUUAAGAUGAUUCCAUAUCAUAGUCUAUAUUGUUGGCCAAAGUAAAGAAAUCUCAAUAUAACUCAACCAAUGGUACUUAUCCAAAUUCAACAUACAACUACACAUAUCAAUCAUCAUCUACCUAAUAUCCAGUCUAUAACAACUCUAGUAAUUCAUCAAAUAACACAAAUAAUACAAAUGGAUCUUAUUCUUAUAGUAACUAAACCUACAACUAUACUUAUCCAUCGACUUCUAAUAGUUCUAGCAAUUCUUCUACCUACUAUAAUACAACAAAUUAAACUUCCAGUAUAAAUUACACCAAUGGUUCAUCAAAUUAUAACAAUACAAGAAAUAAUAGAUAUAUUCCAUCAAGACUACAAUUGAGGGUUAGAAACUAUCCAAAUUUAAGAUAAGGAUAAAUCAAAAAUAACACCUAAAAUGUCACAUUUUACAACUCGUCAAGUGGAACUUAUGAAUAUGUGGUUAUUUAUAAUAACACUGAAGUUUAUGAAAACUAAACUGACACUUUCUACUAUUAUUAUCAGAAUACUACCUUAAUUACUUUAGAGAGACAGUUUGAUGAUUAUGGCAAUGUGAUUUACAGAAACUUCAACCUUAAUUAUUCUUUAAUUGUAGCCUCAAACACUUCCUACUCAAGUUUUAAUAACUAAUAACUUGCAUUUGGAACACUUGUACUUACAAAUCAAACAUUUUCAGGAUAAUACAAUAGGUAAGGAAACAGCAAUGGAUAUAUAUAUUCAAAUGAUAGCAAUAAUCAAUAAUCUUAUAAUUAAAAUAAUCAAUUUAAUGGCUAAGCUUAAUACUCUGAUUAAAUUGGAAAUUAUUCAUUCAGUAGUUCCGAUUAUGGAGGUUCCUCUAAUUAUUAAUAAAAUGGAUCCCAAACUUAUUAAGAUUAAUUUAAUUUUAAUGAUUAUAAUUAUGGUUAUGCUGCUGUAGACAUAAAUUAAAAUACUUCUAACAGAUACUAAAGUAGUUCAUAAAGCAACAAUGGAUACUCUUAAACUGGAAAUUAAAUUUAAGGAAAUAACACAUCUGCUUUUCAGAAUCAAAAUUAAUAAACUUAUGACUAUAGAUCCCAAAGUAGUUCUUAAUAUAGAACUAAUGAAACUUUUUCAAAUACUCAAUCUACCUAUGCAUCAUCAUAAUCAGCCUAAUCAAAUAGCACUAUCAUCAACCAUGACGGAUAUUCAGCAGGAAACACUAAUCAACGCAAUUCAUAAUUGGAAACCUCAUAUUCGAACUCAUCUUCAAAUAAUUACAAUUCAAACUCAGGUUCUUUGAAUUAUAACUAUACUUUAACAGAUACUAAUGGAAAUUACAUAGAAAAUUCAACUAACUCUUCUGGAGGUUCAAACACAUCCUUUGUAAAUUUAUCAGGAAACGAAUAAAGAAAUGUAUAUGAUUAUGAUAACUAAACAUUUUCAUAUAGUUAUGGAUCAAAUCAAGGAACCAUCAAUAAUACUAAUUCUUAAUUCACAAGCGGACCAAAUACUACUGUGACCAUCAUUGAUUCAUAGGUUACAACAGCUAAUUCAUAAAAUUACCAAAAUAAUGAGGACCCUGUUGAUAUUAGUGGUCAAAGCUAGACAACCCACUCUUAAUCAACAAUAGAAUAAUCAAGGCAAUAAUUUAAUCAAUUAAGAGGAUCAAAGAAAUAAGUAUCGGGAUCAUGGAAAUAGGUUGAAGCCGAAGAACUUUAAUAAUCCAAUUCAAUAAUAAUUGAACAAGCUAUUAAUGAAAUUAAUACUAAAUUCUUUCCUUUACAAUUUGGAUAUCAGUUCGACUCAAUUAUUAGUGUAUAAGAAUAAAUUGUUUCAGGAAUCAAUUACAAGAUUUAUUUAAGUUAUUUAAAUCCUGAAUUAGAAUAAUAGAUAUAUGAAGUAAUCAUUUAUUCGAUGUAAUUUUACUUAUUUUUAAUUUUAGUCCCUGGUAAAACAAAUCAAAUCAAGUUAUAAAAUCAAUUAGAUUCGAUUAGUUUGAGAAUUGA